CAUAAGGAAUCAAGUUCGGGAGUGUAAAAAACAAUGAACGGAGGAAGUGAGUUUCACUUGCUAAAGGAGAGAGGAAUGAAUAUGUGUAGUUUUUAAGAGUAGUGUAUGGUAGAGGUCUAACUCGGUGCGAGGCGCUGUGGCGACUCGUAGCGGUGUUCUGCAGGCGCCAUGGCUGCUCAGUGCGACUCCUUGAGCGGAUACUUACAAUCGGACCCGGGCUCCAACAGCGAGCGCAGCACCGAUUCCCCCGUGCCCGUCUCCGAGGAUGACUCGAGCGGUACCCCAGCCCCACCGGACCCGGAGUGGACCGAGGAGAGAUUCCGCGUGGAUCGCAAGAAACUGGAGGUCAUGCUACUAGUGAAAUCGUAUGGGGAUGAGCUGAACAGACCGAUUCCAGAAGGACUGAAGCUCCAGCAGAAAACUGCCACAGAGGGAAAGGUCAAUGGUGGGGAGGAUUUCUUUCAGAAGGUCAUGGAGGAAACGAAAACGCAGAUAGCGUGGCCUUCGAAACUGAAGAUAGGUGCCAAGUCUAAGAAGGAUCCUCAUAUCAAAGUUUGUGGAAAGAAGGACAAUGUCAAGGAGGCAAAAGAAAAAAUAAUGUCUGUCCUUGAUACAAAGAGCAAUCGGGUGACGCUAAAAAUGGACGUCUCUCACACAGAGCACUCCCACGUCAUUGGUAAAGGUGGCAAUAACAUCAAAAAAGUUAUGGAAGACACCGGGUGCCAUAUACAUUUUCCAGACUCCAACAGAAAUAACCAGGCUGAAAAGAGCAAUCAGGUGUCUAUCGCAGGCCAGCCUGCUGGAGUGGAGGCAGCCAGAGCCAGAAUCAGGGAACUUCUUCCCCUGGUGCUGAUGUUCGAAUUGCCAGCAAUUAUCCAGCUCAACCCAGAUCCCAACUCUCCAGCUGUCCAGCACAUAUCUCAGACCUAUAACAUUUCAGUGUCAUUCAAGCAGCGUUCCAGACUCUAUGGGGCUACUGGUGUUGUGAGAGGAUCACAGAACAACACCACCGCUGUCAAGAGAGGUACAGCUCUGUUGCUAGAACAUCUGGCCGGCAGCUUGGCCAGCGCCAUCUCUGUCAGCUCUCAGCUCGACAUCGCGCCCCAGCACCACCUCUUCAUGAUGGGCCGUAACGGCAGCAACAUCAAACACAUCAUGCAAAGGACGGGAGCCCAGAUUCAUUUUCCCGACCCCAACAAUCUGCAGAAGAAAUCCACUGUCUACCUCCAGGGCACCAUUGACUCUGUCUGCUUGGCGAGACAGUAUCUCAUGGGUUGCCUUCCUCUCGUGCUGAUGUUUGAUAUCAAAGAGGACAUUGAAGUUGAACCGCAGUGCAUUACUUCAUUGAUGGAGCGCUUAGAUGUCUUCAUCAGCAUCAAACCAAAGCCUAAACAGCCUAGCAAGUCGGUGAUUGUGAAGAGUGCAGAAAGGAACGCCUUAAACAUGUAUGAAGCAAGAAGGUUUCUCCUGGGUCUCGAGAACAGCGGAGUUUCAAUACCAACCAGCGGCACCUCCACAGUCAUUUGCCCUGUGGGUCUGGACAUCUUGGCUUCAGCUGGUCUGGGGCUCACCAGCUUAGGACUCUUGGGUCCAACUGCCCCUUCCAUGAACAGCUCUUCUGCUCCUAACUCCCUCCUGAAUGCUCUGAACAGCACCAUCAGCCCACUACAGAGCUCCAGCUCUGCCACUCCCAGCCCCACCCUCUGGUCAACGUCCCUCUCGAGCCCUACGAGCACAUCUGGAUUCUCAUCUCCUUUAAUGAUACACCCAACCACGCAAGCCACCCUGACGAGUAUUCUGCUUUCUGGAGUCCAGGGCUACGCCCAGAGCACCCCUUCCCCUCCCCCUGGUCUGGCACCCAUCGACUCUCAAGUCAACGGAGGCCCCGAGUGCAGCAAAGCCCCCUGCUCUCUGAAUGGCCAUGUCAAGCAUCCCACCUCGGUGUACGGCAGGAUAUCAGCGUCUUCUCUAGCAGAUAAAGUUUUGAGCCCAAAUCACAAUGAUGCUUCCAAAGAGAGCAGCAGUCACAGUUCCACAGAGGCUCUCACCAGCAAAUCCGGCCCCGACGAAGGAUCAAACGAUGCUUUUGUCGAAGUAGGAAUGCCAAGAAGUCCUUCCCAUUCAGCCAGCAGCAACGAACUGAAACAGAUGUUGGGAUCUUCAAAGUUGUCUACUGGCAAGCGACAAGCUGUGGAGCUCCUACAGGGCACCAAGAACUCUCACCUGCACACCUCGGAGGGCCUGCUCUCGGACUCCGAGUCCAGCGCGUCCGAGGGCCCGCUGGCGGACAAGAAGGCGCCCGGGAGCGAGCGCGCGGCGGAGAGAGCGGCCCAGCAGAACUCGGAGCGGAUCCGCCUGGCACCGCAGUCCUCUUUCGCCAACAUGCAGGCUUUUGACUAUGAACAGAAGAAGCUGUUGGCAACUAAAGCAAUGUUGAAGAAGCCUGUGGUGACAGAGGUGCGGACCCCCACUAACACAUGGAGCGGCCUGGGUUUCUCCAAAUCCAUGCCAGCAGAAACCAUCAAGGAGCUGCGCAGGGCUAACCAUGUGUCCUACACGCCCACUAUGCCUACCACUUACGAGCAGGGUUCUCCUCUGUCUCUUUCGCGGUCCAACAGUCGGGAAGGUGUGGGAAGUGGGAGCGACUCGGACAACUGGCGAGAGAGGAACGGGAGUGGGCCCCCAGGCCACUCGGAUUUCCCUUCGUCCGUCGGCAGCCCUAAGAGGAAACAAAACAAAUCAGCUGAACACUAUCUCAGCAGCAGUAACUAUAUGGAUUGUAUUUCAUCAAUGACUGGCAGCAAUGGAUGCAGCCUGAGCACUUCUUUCAAAGGGUCUGAUCUUCCUGAGCUUUUUAGCAAACUGGGGCUGGGAAAGUAUACUGAUGUCUUUCAACAGCAGGAGAUUGAUCUUCAGACAUUCUUAACGUUGACAGAUCAGGACCUCAAGGAACUUGGCAUUACUACGUUUGGUGCUAGAAGGAAAAUGUUGCUUGCAAUUUCAGAAUUAAACAAGAACAGGAGGAAGCUCUUCGAGCCUCCAAACAUCCGGUCUUCUUUCCUGGAGGGAGGGGCCAGCGGCCGGCUGACUCGUCAGUUCCACUCGGACAUGGCCAGUGUGAGUGGCCGGUGGUAGUCUGCCCUGGUCCUGGUUCCUGACCUACAGGGUGGUUAGUGCGAAACUGACGUCUGCUCUAGUGCACCUUAACCCUUGUGGACAGCCUCAGCUGCACAGAGCCAUUAGCACUCAGAGUCUGGAUAUUAUGGACCAAAGCCUGCCUAAUGUAACAGUGCCUGUGCCAAAAACAUAAACAGGAAGGACUUUUUAGCAAUAAGAAAGCACUCAUCAGUGCAAUUUGCAAACCGCAGACAUGGUACUACAUAGCUGUAUGUGGAUCAGAGAAGAUGUGGUGUCGCAAAGUAAUUUCUUUUCACAAAUGGAGGUAUAAUAUAUGAAAUGCACUGUCAUAUCUUCGAAGGACUAGGCAAAUGCUUUGGAAAAUCAUCCUUUUGAUGUUAUUUAUAUACGUUCCUAGUUUAUUUUUAAGUGAAGUUAUAACAACCCUCUGCACUUUAAGAAAACUAGAUCCAUCGCCUGUGGACAUUUAUUUCUCUGAUCUACAGAUGUUUUCAGCACUUGCAAACACUUGGGUGCCUGGCCAAUUAUAAGCACAUACUGAUAUUAUUUUUAGUUCCCGAUAAUGGUAACAGUAUCCCAGAAAAUUGAAAUCAAAGUUAAAAGCAAAAUUUAUCAUAUACAAUUGGUUUCCAUUUUUUUUAUCGUGUUGUUU